AUAUCAAAAGUCAAUGCCCCUAGGAAUAUUAAUGUUGUUGUUGAAGAUUUUCUAACCCACAUUUAUGAUUUUUUUUUAAUUUGUUGAUUAUGUCCUCUCUUCCAUUACCUUUCCCACUACUGUUUUUCCUCUGCAAAAUCAUAGUGGAAUUAAUGAUAAUCAGUUGCCUUCAUUUCUAUUCAUCUCACUUAUUUGCUUGAUUUGUAGCCAUUGAUUUGUUAGCAGAGUUGCAGGAAAACUGAUGAAAUAGCAGUGACCUCACAGGGUAUAUAUGCUAGGAGUGACAUAACUAAAUUGACCCAUGAACAUUCAUCACUUCUUUUCCUUCCUCUUGGGAUUUCAGAGUCCAAGAAUCUAUUCCAGUACUGUAGUGAACAUAGAAUUGUUUCUACUUUGUCUCCUCUUUGCUUGCUGCCAUGUAUAGUUACUGUAUUCUUUCACAUGUGAAACCAUUACCUACAAUAUUUUCAACUCCAACUAAUUAGUUUGCAGGUUUUCAGAGAAUAGACUCCCGAUUGUCAUUGGAACACAGAAAAUGUUAUUCCUGAGGACUUUCUGGGUGGUUAUUUUAUUGAUCACUGGACUUUCUGCUCUUGCUGCUAAUUUCGACACUGUGGAGGGUAGGCCACAUCGGAUUCUUCUGGAUACAGAUGUUGAUACUGAUGAUUUCUUUGCUCUUCUGUACAUCUUGAAGCUUAAUAGAUCAGAGUUUGAGUUGGAGGCAAUCACAAUCAAUGCAAAUGCAUGGACUGAUGCAGGACAUGCUGUGAACCAAAUCUAUGACAUUCUUUACAUGAUGGGCCGAGACGACAUAGCAGUUGGAGUGGGAGGUGAGGGUGGAAUACUGGAAGAUGGUACUAUACUCCCAGAUGUUGGUGGGUAUCUUCCUAUAAUUGAACAGGGAAAUUCAACAGCAGGAGGUUGUAGAUACAGACAAGCUAUUCCUGUAGGUAUUCGAGGACGACUAGAUAUUGAUUCCAACUAUGGCCUAAGGAAAGCUUUCCUACCGCAGGGCAGAAGGAAAUAUUCUCCUCUUCGACAACCUACUGCCCAGCAAGUGCUGAUAGAUAAAAUAUCUGCAGGUCCUAUUACUAUCUUCAUAACAGGAGGUCAUACAAAUUUUGCCAUUUUUCUUAUGAAAAAUCCACAUCUAAAGAAUAAUGUUAAGCAUAUAUAUACAAUGGGAGGUGGGGUGAGGCCGCGAAACCCAAACGGCUGUUGCAUUCGAAAUGCAAGUUUGUCCUGCCGGCCAAUACAUUGUGGUGGCAUAGGUAAUCUGUUCACAGACUACAAUCCUUAUGCUGAGUUUAAUAUCUUUGGAGAUCCAUUUGCUGCAUAUCAGGUGAUCCAUUCUGGAAUACCAGUAACCCUGGUACCCCUGGAUGCAACAAAUACAAUUCCUAUAAAUGAGAAUUUCCUCAAGAGAUUUGAAAAGAGCCAACAUACAUAUGAGGCGCAAUACUGCUUCAGGUCCUUGAAAAUGGCUCGUGAUACUUGGUUUGAUGACCAAUUUUAUACGAGCUAUUUCAUGUGGGACUCAUUUACAUCAGGCAUAGCAGUUUCUAUCAUGCGCAAUUCGCAUAGCCAAAAUGGAGAAAAUGAAUUUGCUGAAAUGAAAUAUAUGAACAUAACUGUAGUUACUUCAAAUGAACCUUAUGGAAUAUAUGAUGGUUCAAAUCCAUUCUUUGAUGGCCGUAAAAUUCCAAAGUUUAAUCUAAAGAAAGGUGGAGUACACAGUGGCCAUGUCCAGACAGGCAUCAGAGAUCCAUUCUGCAUUAUGCAGAAUAGGAAGGGAAGAUGUCAGGAUGGCUAUACGAAGGAAGUAAAAGGUUCGGAGGGGGUACGUGUUCUCAUCGCUAUCAGAGCAAAACCUAAUCCUGACACUAGUAGUGAACUUGACAGAGCAUAUUUCAAGAGUUUCUUGGAUGUCCUGAAUCACCCUCAGCAAACUGGGAAGUUCAAUUUUACAACACAAUUUCCUUAUUAUGAAGAAGUUAUACGCAAACCAGAAUUUGGUAGAAUGAAACUGGGAAAGCCUGUUGUCUUUGACAUGGAUAUGAGUGCUGGAGAUUUUCUUGCUCUCUUCUACCUCCUUAAGUUACCUGCAGAAGAGAUCAACCUCAAGGCUAUCAUUGUAAGUCCAACCGGGUGGGCAAAUGCUGCAACUAUAGAUGUGGUUUAUGAUUUACUGCAUAUGAUGGGUCGUGAUGACAUUCCAGUGGGCCUAGGGGAUGUAUUUGCUAUGGACCUGUCUGAUCCUAGAGACUGCAAGUAUGUGAAGGCCAUUCCACAAGGCAGUGGCGGAUUUUUGGAUUCAGAUACCCUAUAUGGGCUUGCACGCCAUCUGCCACGAAGCCCUCGAAGGUACACAGCUGAAAACUCGGUAAAGUUUGGAGCUCCCCGCGACACAGAUCAUCCUGAACUCAGACAGCCUCUGGCACUUGAAAUUUGGGAUUCCGUAGUGGAAACAUUGGAACCAGGAUCUAAGAUUAGCAUAUUGACCAAUGGACCAUUGACUAAUUUAGCAAAGAUUAUUCAAUCAAGGAAAAACACGAGCUCUGUGAUUCAGGAUGUGUAUGUUGUUGGGGGACAUAUUAAUCAUGGCAAUUUGGACAAGGGAAAUGUGUUCACUGUCCAUUCUAAUGAAUAUACAGAAAUGAACAUGUAUCUUGACCCCUCUGCCGCAAAGACAGUUUUGGAGUCAUCACUGGACAUAAAACUUAUCCCGCUCAAUGCCCAACGCAAAGCAAGUUCUUUCUCCGAAAUCCUACAAAGAUUGGGCAAGACAAACAGGACACCUGAGGCAUUGUUUGCCCACCGUUUGCUGUCAAGGCUUUACCGGCUCCAACAAACUCACUACAGAUACCAUCACAUGGAUACAUUCUUAGGAGAAAUUAUUGGUGCUGUAGUCUUAGCUGGGGAUUCCAAGCUGAACCCAAUGUGGCAAAUCAAGCCUAUUAAGGUCCUGGCUGAUGGUGUUGAAUCCAAAGAUGGACAAGUUAUGGUAGAUGAAGAAGAAGGAAAAAUGGUGAAUAUAUUGGAAACUAUAGACCCUGCUGACCAUUAUGAUAUUUUUGCAAAUCAAUUGGGAGUUGCAAAGCAAUCCGCUGUGAUAGGAAGCUUUGAGGAGCAGAGGAGAAUCUGGAGUGCUCAACCAAAUUCUUGAAAAUGAAGAGUAUACUUGAUAAUUAUUCUGAUAGCUGGAAGUUGUUUGUUUCAUGGGUUAGAUACAGAAGCUUCAUCAGUAAGCCUAUACUCUUGUCAAUAGAAACUAGCAACAGACUGAUAAUUGAUGUAGAAAGCAUUCACUGUAUUUUGUACUUAGAUCUGCAAAAGUAUAAUAUUAGCUUAGAAAACAUCAAA